AUGUUAAUAAUUAUUAUUUUAUGUUCUUUAUUUUGUCACUCUUCUCUAUCGGAUGAUAGUAAGGAAUUAACUAUCAAAGACAUCGAUCUAUUAACAGCGACUAUUACAGAUUUACAACAGGCAUUACAUUCAAAUCAAAUAACGUCGUAUAAUUUAGUUAAAUCAUAUUUAGAACGAAUUAAAAAAGUAAAUAAUGAAUUACAUGCGAUUAUUGAAACCAAUCCCGAUGCACUCGAUCAAGCGAGUAAAUUAGAUCAAGAACGAAAUGAUAAUAAAGAUGCCAAAAGAAGUCCAUUGCAUGGUAUACCACUUUUGAUUAAAGACAACAUUGCUACGGAUGAUAAAAUGAACACAACAUCUGGUUCUUUCGCGUUACUUGGCUCAAAAGUUCCACGUGAUGCCGACGUGAUUUAUCGUUUAAGAAAAGUAGGUGCUAUUAUUUUGGGUAAAACAAGUAUGUCUGAAUGGUCAGCAUCACGUACAACAAAUCAAACACGUGAAGGAUGGUCAGCUCGUGGUGGUGUGUCAAAAUCUGCAUAUGUUGAAAAUGGUGAUCCAUGUGGUUCAAGUUCUGGAUCGGCCAUAGCAACAUCGAUUGGAUUAUGUGCAGCUGCUCUCGGUACAGAAACAGAUGGAAGUAUUGUAUGUCCGUCAAGUCGUGCAUCACUGGUAGGUAUAAAACCAACAGUUGGAUUAACAUCGCGUGCUGGUGUUAUACCCGUUUCACAUUCACAAGAUUCGGUUGGUCCAAUGGGAAAAACGGUACGAGAUGUAGCUUUACUACUAGAAGCAAUUCAAGGUAUUGAUCCACGUGAUAAUGCCACAUUAAAUAUCGAUGCUGUACGUCCAAAUAAUUAUACGCAAUUUCUUCUGGGCACAGAAGGCUUUAAAAAUAUGCGUCUCGGUGUUGUUCGUUAUGGUGUAUUUUAUAAUUAUACAACAUCAGAGUCAGACAUUAUGUCUGAAGAACAAAUUCAAUCGGCAAAUGAUGCCAUUGAAUUAAUGAAACAUUAUGGCGCAUAUAUAGAAGAUCCAGCUAAUAUUCAAAAUAUUGAAAAUAUUAAUAAUGGAACAAGUGAAUCAGUUGUAUUAAAAACAGAGUUUAAACAAGAUAUUGAAGUAUAUUUAAGUAAAUUACAAAAUACAAAUAUAAAAACAUUAGCAGAUUUAAUUCAAUUUAAUAAUGAUAAUAAACAAUUGGAGUUUACAGAAUAUAUGCCAGAUCAUAAUCUAUUCGAAGCUAGUGAAAAUACUACCGGUUACAAUAGUAGUAAAUAUACAGAGGCUUUAGCUACUAAUUUAAGAUUGGGUAGAACAGAAGGCAUUGAUUAUACAUUAGAUAAAUACAAUUUGGACGCAUUAAUUAUGAUUGGUGAUGGUGCAUCAUCAACUGCAGCUAUUGCUCAAUAUCCAAUUAUUAGUGUACCACUCGGUUAUUUGACUGAAAAUAAUGGAAUAAAUAAAACUUUGACUGGUACACCCUAUGGUAUAUUGUUUAUUAGUCGUGCGUGGAGAGAAGAUAUUCUGUUAAGAGUGGCGCACGCAUUUGAACAAGCUACACAUGUAAGAGAUCGAGUGCGACCAAAAUAUGCAAUAUAA